UCUAGACUCCACCAACAAACUCCUGAUAAAAAUAUUAACAUAAUAAAAAUGUAACCCACAACACUAUAUAUUUCACAACGCUGAGGAAAGUUUUCUUCCAGUUAUGUGUUAUUCUUAAAGGGUUGUUUGUUGGUCAUUCGAUCCAUAGAUGCAGGUUUGUCUCGUAUUUCCCAUCACUGUGUUUCGAAUAGUUUGUUGACCUCGAGAUGAUGACGUUGAAGCUACAUUCAGACUAUAAACCUUCUCUGUUAAUGAAAAUAUGACCACUAAAGAACAACAAAGUUCUGCAGCUAAAGGGAGGAAAACAGGUGAAAAAAUCAAAUUAAAAUUAUCAAAAAUCCACACUGAAAAGAAGAAGAUGACAACAAAAGACAAAGAUAAUAUGAUUUGGUGGUUAGCUUUUGGUGUUGUUGUAUUUCUUACUGCUGCAACAAGGCUGUACAAAAUAGAAGAACCUGAUCAUGUAUGUUGGGAUGAAACACAUUUUGGAAAGAUGGGAAGCUGGUAUAUCAAUCACACAUUUUUCUUUGAUGUACAUCCACCUUUGGGAAAGAUUCUUAUAGGAAUGUCUGGAAAGCUAACUGGUUAUAAUGGAACUUUUCCAUUUAAUAAACCAGGAGAUAAAUAUGGUGAACAUAACUACAUUGGUAUGAGAUUGUUUUGUGUUACUUUAGGUGCUCUUAUUGUUCCGUUUUCUUUUCUCAUUGUUUGGGAAAUGACACAUUCCGUGGCUGCUGCCUUAUUAAGUGCUAGUUUUAUCAUGUUUGAUGUUGGUGUUCUGACUCUUUCUCAGUACAUUUUGUUAGAUCCUAUAUUAAAAUUCUUUAUUAUUGGGUCAGUUUUGGGUAUGGUCAGGUUCUCCACAAAGAAAAACAGACCAUUUUCGUUUUCUUGGUGGUUUUGGUUAGCAUGGACUGGUGUCUUUUUGGCAUGUUCUAUAAGUGUGAAGUUUGUGGGACUGUUUGUGAUCCUGCUGGUAGGAAUUCAUACUGUGGUUGACUUGUGGGAGCUUCUUGGUAACUUGGAUCUUUCCAUGGUUCAAAUUCUGAAGCAUUUUAUUGCCAGGGUAUUAUGUUUGAUUAUCCUUCCAGGACUGCUGUACACACUGUUUUUCUAUAUUCACCUUCACAUUUUGUAUAAAAGUGGAACUGGUGAUGGUUUCUUCAGUUCAGCUUUUCAGUCUCAGUUAGAGGGGAAUUCUCUUUAUCAUGCUAAUAUGCCUCGAGAAGUUGCCUAUGGUGCUAUCAUCACACUAAAGAACCAUCGAACUGGAGGAGGCUACUUGCACUCUCACUGGCAUCUCUAUCCUGAAGGGGUAGGAGCUCGUCAACAACAGGUCACAGCAUAUUCUCACAAAGAUGACAACAACAAAUGGCUAAUCAAAAAAUUUGAUGACCAGCCUCAGCCAUCAAGUAAUAAAAUUGAAUUAAUAAAAAAUGGUGAUCUGGUCCGAUUGGAGCACCUGGUAACAACAAGAAAUAUCCACAGCCAUAAAGAGAUGGCUCCUGUUACAAAACGCCACCAGCAAGUUACCUGUUAUGGUGAAAAUGGUACAGGAGAUGCUAAUGAUGUAUGGAAAGUUGAAGUGGAAGGAGGAGUAAAGGGCUUUGAACAAAUGGAAGUAACCUGUAAUCCAAAUGUUAGGGACAAAAACAAUAUUUGGAAUGUUGAAGAUAACAUUUUCCCACUAUUACCCAAUGUUAGUUUUGAAGUAUAUGCCCCGAGCUUUCUUGAAAGAUUUUUUGAAUCCCAUGCUGUGAUGUUUCAGGGUAAUUCUGGUUUAAAACCAAAAGAAGGAGAAGUAACAUCAAGACCAUGGCAGUGGCCUAUCAACUUCAGGGGUCAGUUUUUCUCUGGACAUCAGUAUCGUAUCUACUUGUUGGGCAACCCCAUUAUUUGGUGGGGAAACUUGGUGCUGAUGGGUGUCUAUCUUUUGGUUCAAGGUAUUAUAGCAUUGCGGCAUCAGCGAGGGUAUCUAGGAUCUCCAAAAGUUGAAGGCAUCAACUCCUCCAUGAGCCAUGCCAGUAUGUGGCUGUUUCUUGCAUGGUCAUUACACUACUUUCCAUUUUAUGGAAUGGGCAGAAUAUUGUAUUUUCAUCAUUAUUUUCCAGCCUUACUUUUCAGUUCUAUGCUUUCUGGAGUAAUAUUGGACUACUUGUUGAGUGUCAUUCCACAUGCACUACCAUGGACCCUAGGAACUUCCUUCUACCAUUGGUUGCUCGGUACUAUAUUAGCUGGCUUAGCAUACAGCUUUUAUUUAUUCAGUCCUUUGAGUUACGGGAUGGAAGGACCACCCAGUUCAAGUCCAAACAGUACCAUGUAUGGAUUAAGAUGGCUGGAAUCAUGGGAAUUUUAAAUUUAACUCCAAACUUAUUUUGUU